UUUCAGUUGCUUGAAGAGAAAAUUAUGACAUUUGUGAAGAACGAGCUGAAGAUGUUCAAGAGGAUUCUUAGUCCAGAACUCCCAGAAGGCAUUGAGAGUCAGAAGCAGGAUAAGGAAGUGGUGGAUGCUGAAGAUGAGCAGCAGGAGAGCAGUGCCAGAGAGGGGGCUCUGAAGAUCACACUGCACAUCCUGAGGAAAAUGAACCAGAAGGAGCUUGCUGAAACACUGGAGAAAUAUGAGCUUGCUUGGAUUUACCAACGUGAACUCAAAUCUAAUCUAAAGAAGAAGUUUCAAUGUGUAUUUGAGGGGAUCGCUAAACAAGGAAACCCAACACUUCUCAAUAAGUUCUACACAGAGCUCUACAUCACAGAGGGUGGAACAGGAAAGGUCAAUAAUGAACAUGAGCUGAGACAGAUUGAGACAACAACCAGGAAACAAGCAAGACCAGAGACUGCAAUCAAAUGUAACGACAUCUUCAAACCCUUAACUGGAGAAGACAAACGUAUCAGAACUGUGCUAACAAAGGGAGUCGCUGGCAUUGGAAAAACAGUCUCUGUGCAGAAGUUCAUUCUGGACUGGGCUGAAGGAAAAGCAAAUCAGGAUGUCCAAUUUGUGUUUUCAUUCCCUUUUCGGGAGCUGAAUUUGAUGAAAGAGGACAAACACACUUUCAUUGAACUUCUUAAUCACUUCUCAAUGGAAACCAAACAAUCAAGAAUCUCCAUCUACAACAAGUACAAAGUUCUGUUAAUCUUUGAUGGUCUGGAUGAGUGCCGACUGCCCCUAGACUUCCAGAAGAACAAGAUCUGUUGUGACAUCACAGAGUCAACCUCAGUGGAUGUACUGCUGACAAAUCUCAUCAAGGGAAAUCUGCUUCCCUCUGCUCUCCUCUGGAUAACUACCCGACCUGCAGCAGCCAAUAAGAUCCCUUCAGGGUGUGUAGACCAGGUGACAGAGGUACGAGGGUUCAGUGACCCACAGAAGGAGGAGUACUUCAGGAAGAGAUUCAGUGAUGAGGACCUGGCUAGCAGAAUCAUCUCACACAUAAAGACAUCAAGGAGCCUCCACAUCAUGUGCCACAUUCCAGUCUUCUGUUGGAUUUCUGCAACAGUUCUUGAACACAUGCUAAAACAUAAGAGAGAAGAGAUGCCCAAGACACUGACUGAGAUGUACACACACCUUGUGGUGUUUCAUACCAAACAGAAGAAUAAAAAGUAUCUUGGGAAAGAAGAGACAGGUCCACACUGGAAUAAAGAGAGCAUUCUGUCACUGGGAAAACUGGCUUUUCAACAGCUUAUGAAGGGCAAUCUGAUUUUCUAUGAAGAAGACCUGAAAGAGGCUGGCAUUGGUGUCAAUGAAGCCUCAGUUUAUUCAGGAUUGUGCACACAGCUCUUUAAAGAGGAAUGUGUGCUGUACCAGGACAAGGUGUACUGCUUUGUGCAUCUGAGCAUUCAGGAGUUUCUGGCUGCUGUAUAUGUGUUCCUCUCAUUCAUCAACAACAAUGAGAAUCUAAUGGCCAAACCUCAAUCAAUGUUCAGCUACUUUUUUGUCGUUCUUCAGAGACAAGCAUGAAGUUACUGUCUACAAGAGUGUUGUGAAUAAAGCCUUACAAAGUGAGACGGGAAACCUGGACCUUUUCCUCCUCUCACUGGAGUCCAAUCAGAAGCACUUACGAGGUCUACUGACAAUGACAAGAAGCAGCUCACAGACCCAUGAAGAAACAGUCAAGUACAUCAAGGAGAAGAUCAGGGAGAAUCCCUCUCCAGAGAGGAGCAUCAAUCUGUUCCACUGUCUGAAUGAACUGAAUGACCAUUCUCUAGUGGGGGAGAUCCAAAGCUACCUGAGAUCAGGAAGUCUCUCAGAAGCCAAGCUGUCACCUGCACAGUGGUCAGCUCUGGUCUUUGUGUUGCUGACUUCAGAAAAGGAGCUGGAUGUGUUUGACCUGAAGAAAUACUCCAGAUCAGAGGAAGGUCUUCUGAGGCUGCUGCCAGUGGUCAAAGCCUCCAGAGCUUCUCUGUGAGUACAUCAAAUGACAUUUAAGAACUAAUCAUCAGGAAGAAAUAUUGAAUUUAGGGAAUAUAAGAUUAUAUUGAAUAACAUAUUGAAUCAAUGCAUUGGUGUUCACAUUAGUAUAACAAUAUGACCAUACAAAUUUAGGAGAUGGAAUUACAAUCUAAAUGUUGUUUGGGAGAAUAAACCAAAUGUAUUUGCCAUUGUCCUUCUACACUACUCGUUAAAUUAACAGUGUGUUUGUGAAGUCAUGAUGAUCUCUUUGCAGGCUGUCAGGCUGUGGAGUCACAGAGGAAGGCUGUGCUUCUC